AUGUUCUCCUCGCGGUUUUUCUUGGCGCCUAUUCGCCUGGUGGAGUGCCCUCGCGACGCAAUGCAGGGACUUUCUCACUUUAUUCCGACGGCGCAAAAAAUUCUCUAUUUGAAUGCUCUCUUAAAGUGUGGUUUUUAUUCAAUUGAUUGUGCCUCGUUCGUUUCCCCGCGGGCCGUGCCGCAGAUGCGAGACAGUGCGGAGGUGCUGGCUGGCUGCAAUCAUGCACUUCUAACUGGUGAGGACGCCCCGAAACUCUCAGUUGUGGUUGCAUCCCACUCAGGGCUUAAGCGCGCGCUUGAAACACCCAUUGUAAGCACCAUUGGAUUCCCACUUUCCUGCUCCGAACGAUUUCAACAACUUAACACAAAAAAGAGCAUUGCGGAGGCCCUUAACGAACUCACGGAAA